AUGUCCACCAAACCCCCGCUACAGCCGAACAAAAUCGAUAGGGAGCAUGAGAAAGAGGUGGCCCAAAAGAAGCUUGAAGCCCGUCCGGAUGAAGUGUCAACUACCUCCUCUGUCCGACACAUCUUCGAAGAAAGCCAAGCGCCGCCAGAAAAUAACCCGGAUAUCAUGUCGAGUUUCCUCAACGCCUUCCUAUUCAACCACGAAGCGGCCGCCCAAUGGCUACACAUCCUCGAGCCAAUCCAGGUCGGGUACGGAGCCGUCAUCAUCUCCUUCCUAGGCGCCAUACACUGGGGGCUCGAGUUCGGCGAGCGGCAAGCCGAUGAGAACCGCACACGCCUGCGGUACGGCAUUGGCGUUCUGGCGCCCGCGGUGGCGUGGCCGACCAUCUACAUGCCCAUUGAAUGGGCGCUGACGACCCAGUUUGCUGCUUUCUGCGCCCUGUAUUUCACCGACUCGCGCGCGACGGUCAAGGGCUGGGCGCCGGCAUGGUACGCGUCAUACCGGUUCGUGCUUACCGCCGUGGUGGGCGCCGCGAUUGCCAUCAGCCUGAUCGGCCGCGCCAAGGUCGGCGAAGGGCAGAGCCGUCUCAGGUCAGGCGAGUUGGCGGAGAGCCUCAAGACGGCGCCGAUUUCUGUGGGCAAGGAUCGUGAUUUGGCGAAGGAGGAAGAACAAGAAAGGGAUAGGAUUCAUAAGGAACAGGAGAAGGAAGAAGAGAGGAAGAGGAAGGAAGCAGCGAAGAAGAAUGAGGAGGAGGAAAAGAAGGCUAAGGAGGAGGCAAAGAAGAAGGGCGAUUCAAAGGAUGACUCGAAGAAUGACUCGAAGAAUGACUCGAAGGGUGAAUCGAAGGCGAAAGACCAGGAUGCGGGCGGCAAGAAGGAGGAAGGAAAGCAGAACGACGAAGACAAGAAAAAGGACUAA